AUGUCCCGUCCAGUUUCCGUGGAAGACUUGAUAAAGCAGGGUGAAGAUGCUGGAAAACCACGCUUCUUAUCAAAAAAACAACGCCAGCAAUUGAAGAAGAACGGGACUCAGAAUGUCACCACUCCACUGCAAAAGAAGCGUCUUCUACCAGAGAGUGAACCAAAGCUACAACAGGAAGAGAAAAAGGUAAAGAAGGCACCUAAGUAUAACUUUGACUGGGACGAGGAAGAAGAUACUUCGGCGAGUUACCUGCCUUUGGUAACAGUGCAGCCAAGCAGACGUGUCGUGGAGACGAUACCUGAGAAACACUGGUCCCAGAAACCACUUCAAGAUAUGACUGCUAGAGAUUGGAGGAUAUUUAGAGACGACUAUAAUAUAUCAAGUAAAGGCCGUGAUAUUGGCGACCCGCUACGGUUUUGGAACGAAGAUCCUAAGAUCCAGAAAAGCAUACUUGACAUCCUAGUCAACCAUCUCCAGUACAAGGAACCCACGCCUAUCCAAAGAGCUGCACUUCCCUUGGUUCUACGAAACAGAGACGUCGUGGGCGUCGCCGAGACUGGUUCAGGUAAGACAUUGGCGUUCGUGGUUCCCCUUCUAUCGUACAUCUUAAAUAUCGAGCCUGAGUACAUGAAGCAUGAACAUACUCAGGAAGCAAACAACAACAAAACCUUAGGACUUAUCCUAGCGCCUACGCGUGAAUUGGCGCUUCAGAUUGCCAGAGAAACUCAGCGGUUUACUGACCGUUUGGGGCUUUCUGUGGUGACUGUGAUCGGUGGACACAAGUAUGAGGAAACCAUCCAUUCCCUUAGAAACGGCGUUCAUAUCGUCGUGGCGACUCCCGGAAGACUUGUCGACUCCCUAGAAAGAGGUAUUAUCAGCCUCGAUAAGUGCUACCAUGUUACUAUGGACGAGGCAGACAAGAUGAUCGAUAUGGGGUUCGAGAAGUCUUUGAACCAGAUCCUCAAGUACUUGCCAACGACAGAACACCUUCAGCAGAGCAUCGACCUGAGAAUCUUACGUGUUUCUAAAAGAACGACUGUCAUGUUUACUGCCACAAUCACUCCUACUAUCGAGAAGAUGACCAAGAACUACUUGGUUGAUCCAGGGUUCCUCUUCAUUGGAAACGCCAACGAGCUUGUGGAUACUAUUGACCAGCUGUUUGAAUACAUGGGCCCAGCACUCUCAGAUAAACAAGAGGUCGAUGCUAACAGACUACAGAAACUUGUUCAGGUUUUGGAGAAGCACAAGCGGAAUGCUAACUUCUCAGUGAUUAUAUUUGCUAAUUACAAGCGGGUGGUUGAGCUGUUGGCUGAAGACCUAUCGGACAAGAAUCUAAAGAGUGUUGUUACAAUUCAUGGCUCCAAGAGUCAGGAAGCCAGAGAAGCUGCCAUAGAGAAGUUCCGCUCCAAGACUGCUUCCAUUCUCAUAGCGACAGACGUGGCCGCUAGAGGUAUAGAUAUCCCUCACGUUUCGCUAGUUGUUAACUUUCAAAUGAGCAACAAGUUCGAAGAAUACAUCCACAGGAUUGGACGUACGGGACGUGCUGGGGAGCAUGGCGCCAGUCAUACUUUCAUCGAUGAUGGCGACAAGGAUACUUUUAUAGACCUCAAGAAUGCCUGA